AUGUACAAUGUGCACCAGCUAGCUCACCGUGGUCGUGCAGCAUACCCACUUGGUCGUGCAGCAUACCCACCUGGUCGUGCAGCAUACCCACCUGGUCGUGCAGCAUACCCACCUGGUCGUGCAGCAUACCCACCUGGUCAUGCAGCAUACCCACCUGGUCGUGCAGCAUACCCACCUGGUCGUGCAGCAUACCCACCUGGUCGUGCAGCAUACCCACCUGGUCGUGCAGCAUACCCACCUGGUCGUGCAGCAUACCCACCUGGUCAUGCAGCAUACCCACCUGGUCGUGCAGCAUACCCACCUGGUCGUGCAGCAUACCCACCUGGUCGUGCAGCAUACCCACCUGGUCGUGCAGCAUACCCACCUGGUCGUGCAGCAUACCCACCUGGUCGUGCAGCAUACCCACCUGGUCGUGCAGCAUACCCACCUGGUCGUGCAGCAUACCCACCUGGUCGUGCAGCAUACCCACCUGGUCGUGCAGCAUACCCACCUGGUCGUGCAGCAUACCCACUUGGUCGUGCAGCAUACCCACCUGGUCGUGCAGCAUACCCACCUGGUCAUGCAGCAUACCCACCUGGUCGUGCAGCAUACCCACCUGGUCGUGCAGCAUACCCACCUGGUCGUGCAGCAUACCCACCUGGUCAUGCAGCAUACCCACCUGGUCGUGCAGCAUACCCACCUGGUCGUGCAGCAUACCCACCUGGUCGUGCAGCAUACCCACCUGGUCGUGCAGCAUACCCACCUGGUCGUGCAGCAUACCCACCUGGUCGUGCAGCAUACCCACCUGGUCGUGCAGCAUACCCACCUGGUCGUGCAGCAUACCCACUUGGUCGUGCAGCAUACCCACCUGGUCGUGCAGCAUACCCACCUGGUCGUGCAGCAUACCCACCUGGUCGUGCAGCAUACCCACCUGGUCGUGCAGCAUACCCACCUGGUCGUGCAGCAUACCCACCUGGUCAUGCAGCAUACCCACCUGGUCGUGCAGCAUACCCACCUGGUCGUGCAGCAUACCCACCUGGUCGUGCAGCAUACCCACCUGGUCAUGCAGCAUACCCACCUGGUCGUGCAGCAUACCCACCUGGUCGUGCAGCAUACCCACCUGGUCGUGCAGCAUACCCACCUGGUCGUGCAGCAUACCCACCUGGUCGUGCAGCAUACCCACCUGGUCGUGCAGCAUACCCACCUGGUCGUGCAGCAUACCCACCUGGUCGUGCAGCAUACCCACCUGGUCGUGCAGCAUACCCACCUGGUCGUGCAGCAUACCCACCUGGUCGUGCAGCAUACCCACCUGGUCGUGCAGCAUACCCACCUGGUCGUGCAGCAUACCCACCUGGUCGUGCAGCAUACCCACCUGGUCGUGCAGCAUACCCACCUGGUCGUGCAGCAUACCCACUUGGUCGUGCAGCAUACCCACCUGGUCGUGCAGCAUACCCACCUGGUCGUGCAGCAUACCCACCUGGUCGUGCAGCAUACCCACCUGGUCGUGCAGCAUACCCACUUGGUCGUGCAGCAUACCCACUUGGUCGUGCAGCAUACCCACCUGGUCGUGCAGCAUACCCACCUGGUCGUGCAGCAUACCCACUUGGUCGUGCAGCAUACCCACCUGGUCGUGCAGCAUACCCACCUGGUCGUGCAGCAUACCCACCUGGUCGUGCAGCAUACCCACUUGGUCGUGCAGCAUGCCCACCUGGUCGUGCAGCAUACCCACCUGGUCGUGCAGCAUACCCACCUGGUCGUGCAGCAUACCCACUUGGUCGUGCAGCAUACCCACUUGGUCCAUACCCACCUGGUCGUGCAGCAUACCCACCUGGUCGUGCAGCAUACCCACCUGGUCGUGCAGCAUACCCACCUGGUCGUGCAGCAUACCCACUUGGUCGUGCAGCAUACCCACCUGGUCGUGCAGCAUACCCACUUGGUCGUGCAGCAUACCCACUUGGUCGUGCAGCAUACCCACUUGGUCGUGCAGCAUACCCACCUGGUCGUGCAGCAUACCCACCUGGUCGUGCAGCAUACCCACUUGGUCGUGCAGCAUACCCACCUGGUCGUGCAGCAUACCCACUUGGUCGUGCAGCAUACCCACUUGGUCGUGCAGCAUACCCACCUGGUCGUGCAGCAUACCCACCUGGUCGUGCAGCAUACCCACUUGGUCGUGCAGCAUACCCACCUGGUCGUGCAGCAUACCCACUUGGUCGUGCAGCAUACCCACCUGGUCGUGCAGCAUACCCACCUGGUUGUGCAGCAUACCCACCUGGUCGUGCAGCAUACCCACUUGGUCGUGCAGCAUACCCACUUGGUCGUGCAGCAUACCCACCUGGUCGUGCAGCAUACCCACCUGGUCGUGCAGCAUACCCACCUGGUCGUGCAGCAUACCCACUUGGUCGUGCAGCAUACCCACCUGGUCGUGCAGCAUACCCACCUGGUCGUGCAGCAUACCCACUUGGUCGUGCAGCAUACCCACUUGGUCGUGCAGCAUACCCACCUGGUCGUGCAGCAUACCCACCUGGUCGUGCAGCAUACCCACCUGGUCGUGCAGCAUACCCACUUGGUCGUGCAGCAUACCCACUUGGUCGUGCAGCAUACCCACCUGGUCGUGCAGCAUACCCACCUGGUCGUGCAGCAUACCCACCUGGUCGUGCAGCAUACCCACCUGGUCGUGCAGCAUACCCACUUGGUCGUGCAGCAUACCCACCUGGUCGUGCAGCAUACCCACCUGGUCGUGCAGCAUACCCACUUGGUCGUGCAGCAUACCCACCUGGUCGUGCAGCAUACCCACCUGGUCGUGCAGCAUACCCACCUGGUCGUGCAGCAUACCCACUUGGUCGUGCAGCAUACCCACCUGGUCGUGCAGCAUACCCACCUGGUCGUGCAGCAUACCCACCUGGUCGUGCAGCAUACCCACCUGGUCGUGCAGCAUACCCACUUGGUCGUGCAGCAUACCCACCUGGUCGUGCAGCAUACCCACCUGGUCGUGCAGCAUACCCACCUGGUCGUGCAGCAUACCCACCUGGUCGUGCAGCAUACCCACUUGGUCGUGCAGCAUACCCACUUGGUCGUGCAGCAUACCCACCUGGUCGUGCAGCAUACCCACCUGGUCGUGCAGCAUACCCACCUGGUCGUGCAGCAUACCCACUUGGUCGUGCAGCAUACCCACUUGGUCGUGCAGCAUACCCACCUGGUCGUGCAGCAUACCCACCUGGUCGUGCAGCAUACCCACCUGGUCGUGCAGCAUACCCACCUGGUCGUGCAGCAUACCCACCUGGUCGUGCAGCAUACCCACCUGGUCGUGCAGCAUACCCACCUGGUCGUGCAGCAUACCCACCUGGUCGUGCAGCAUACCCACUUGGUCGUGCAGCAUACCCACUUGGUCGUGCAGCAUACCCACCUGGUCGUGCAGCAUACCCACCUGGUCGUGCAGCAUACCCACCUGGUCGUGCAGCAUACCCACCUGGUCGUGCAGCAUACCCACCUGGUCGUGCAGCAUACCCACUUGGUCGUGCAGCAUACCCACUUGGUCGUGCAGCAUACCCACCUGGUCGUGCAGCAUACCCACCUGGUCGUGCAGCAUACCCACCUGGUCGUGCAGCAUACCCACCUGGUCGUGCAGCAUACCCACCUGGUCGUGCAGCAUACCCACCUGGUCGUGCAGCAUACCCACCUGGUCGUGCAGCAUACCCACCUGGUCGUGCAGCAUACCCACCUGGUCGUGCAGCAUACCCACUUGGUCGUGCAGCAUACCCACCUGGUCGUGCAGCAUACCCACCUGGUCGUGCAGCAUACCCACCUGGUCGUGCAGCAUACCCACUUGGUCGUGCAGCAUACCCACCUGGUCGUGCAGCAUACCCACCUGGUCGUGCAGCAUACCCACCUGGUCGUGCAGCAUACCCACUUGGUCGUGCAGCAUACCCACCUGGUCGUGCAGCAUACCCACCUGGUCGUGCAGCAUACCCACCUGGUCGUGCAGCAUACCCACCUGGUCGUGCAGCAUACCCACCUGGUCGUGCAGCAUACCCACUUGGUCGUGCAGCAUACCCACUUGGUCGUGCAGCAUACCCACCUGGUCGUGCAGCAUACCCACCUGGUCGUGCAGCAUACCCACCUGGUCGUGCAGCAUACCCACUUGGUCGUGCAGCAUACCCACUUGGUCGUGCAGCAUACCCACCUGGUCGUGCAGCAUACCCACCUGGUCGUGCAGCAUACCCACUUGGUCGUGCAGCAUACCCACCUGGUCGUGCAGCAUACCCACCUGGUCGUGCAGCAUACCCACUUGGUCGUGCAGCAUACCCACCUGGUCGUGCAGCAUACCCACCUGGUCGUGCAGCAUACCCACCUGGUCGUGCAGCAUACCCACCUGGUCGUGCAGCAUACCCACUUGGUCGUGCAGCAUACCCACCUGGUCGUGCAGCAUACCCACCUGGUCGUGCAGCAUACCCACCUGGUCGUGCAGCAUACCCACCUGGUCGUGCAGCAUACCCACUUGGUCGUGCAGCAUACCCACUUGGUCGUGCAGCAUACCCACCUGGUCGUGCAGCAUACCCACCUGGUCGUGCAGCAUACCCACCUGGUCGUGCAGCAUACCCACUUGGUCGUGCAGCAUACCCACCUGGUCGUGCAGCAUACCCACCUGGUCGUGCAGCAUACCCACCUGGUCGUGCAGCAUACCCACCUGGUCAUGCAGCAUACCCACCUGGUCGUGCAGCAUACCCACCUGGUCGUGCAGCAUACCCACCUGGUCGUGCAGCAGACCCACCUGGUCGUGCAGCAUACCCACCUGGUCGUGCAGCAUACCCACCUGGUCGUGCAGCAUACCCACCUGGUCGUGCAGCAUACCCACCUGGUCGUGCAGCAUACCCACUUGGUCGUGCAGCAUACCCACUUGGUCGUGCAGCAUACCCACCUGGUCGUGCAGCAUACCCACCUGGUCGUGCAGCAUACCCACCUGGUCGUGCAGCAUACCCACUUGGUCGUGCAGCAUACCCACUUGGUCGUGCAGCAUACCCACCUGGUCGUGCAGCAUACCCACCUGGUCGUGCAGCAUACCCACCUGGUCGUGCAGCAUACCCACCUGGUCGUGCAGCAUACCCACUUGGUCGUGCAGCAUACCCACUUGGUCGUGCAGCAUACCCACCUGGUCGUGCAGCAUACCCACCUGGUCGUGCAGCAUACCCACUUGGUCGUGCAGCAUACCCACCUGGUCGUGCAGCAUACCCACCUGGUCGUGCAGCAUACCCACUUGGUCGUGCAGCAUACCCACCUGGUCGUGCAGCAUACCCACCUGGUCGUGCAGCAUACCCACCUGGUCGUGCAGCAUACCCACUUGGUCGUGCAGCAUACCCACCUGGUCGUGCAGCAUACCCACCUGGUCGUGCAGCAUACCCACCUGGUCGUGCAGCAUACCCACCUGGUCGUGCAGCAUACCCACCUGGUCGUGCAGCAUACCCACUUGGUCGUGCAGCAUACCCACCUGGUCGUGCAGCAUACCCACCUGGUCGUGCAGCAUACCCACCUGGUCGUGCAGCAUACCCACCUGGUCGUGCAGCAUACCCACCUGGUCGUGCAGCAUACCCACUUGGUCGUGCAGCAUACCCACUUGGUCGUGCAGCAUACCCACCUGGUCGUGCAGCAUACCCACCUGGUCGUGCAGCAUACCCACCUGGUCGUGCAGCAUACCCACCUGGUCGUGCAGCAUACCCACCUGGUCGUGCAGCAUACCCACCUGGUCGUGCAGCAUACCCACCUGGUCGUGCAGCAUACCCACCUGGUCGUGCAGCAUACCCACCUGGUCGUGCAGCAUACCCACUUGGUCGUGCAGCAUACCCACCUGGUCGUGCAGCAUACCCACCUGGUCGUGCAGCAUACCCACCUGGUCGUGCAGCAUACCCACCUGGUCGUGCAGCAUACCCACCUGGUCGUGCAGCAUACCCACUUGGUCGUGCAGCAUACCCACCUGGUCGUGCAGCAUACCCACCUGGUCGUGCAGCAUACCCACUUGGUCGUGCAGCAUACCCACCUGGUCGUGCAGCAUACCCACCUGGUCGUGCAGCAUACCCACUUGGUCGUGCAGCAUACCCACCUGGUCGUGCAGCAUACCCACCUGGUCGUGCAGCAUACCCACCUGGUCGUGCAGCAUACCCACCUGGUCGUGCAGCAUACCCACCUGGUCGUGCAGCAUACCCACCUGGUCGUGCAGCAUACCCACCUGGUCGUGCAGCAUACCCACCUGGUCGUGCAGCAUACCCACCUGGUCGUGCAGCAUACCCACCUGGUCGUGCAGCAUACCCACCUGGUCGUGCAGCAUACCCACCUGGUCGUGCAGCAUACCCACUUGGUCGUGCAGCAUACCCACUUGGUCGUGCAGCAUACCCACUGGGUCGUGCAGCAUACCCACCUGGUCGUGCAGCAUACCCACCUGGUCGUGCAGCAUACCCACCUGGUCGCGCAGCAUACCCACCUGGUCGUGCAGCAUACCCACUUGGUCGUGCAGCAUACCCACUUGGUCGUGCAGCAUACCCACCUGGUCGUGCAGCAUACCCACUUGGUCGUGCAGCAUACCCACUUGGUCGUGCAGCAUACCCACCUGGUCGUGCAGCAUACCCACUUGGUCGUGCAGCAUACCCACUGGGUCGUGCAGCAUACCCACCUGGUCGUGCAGCAUACCCACCUGGUCGUGCAGCAUACCCACCUGGUCGCGCAGCAUACCCACCUGGUCGUGCAGCAUACCCACUUGGUCGUGCAGCAUACCCACUUGGUCGUGCAGCAUACCCACCUGGUCGUGCAGCAUACCCACCUGGUCGUGCAGCAUACCCACUUGGUCGUGCAGCAUACCCACCUGGUCGUGCAGCAUACCCACCUGCAGAGCGGCAUCGAGCUGGCCUUCCCGGCACAAGGUGUCGAUGA